UCAGGUGGUAAAUCCUGAUCCAGCCUCUGGCUGUGCGCCGCUCAGAGCCUCAGCUCUGUAGUUAAUUUUGCGGUGCGGCUUCGGUUGUUUCCCUCCGUGCCGCCAUUAAAGGCUUUCUGCCUGGUAUUUUUUUUUCUCCCUCUUUUACUCCGAGAAAAGGAUUAAAAUGAUUUAAAGCUCUGGAUAUAAUAGCCGUGGGAGGGGACUGGGAGGGGGGUUCUUUUUUCCGUGUGGACUCGCGGCACCCCAAAAGGAGUAAAUAUGCGGCUAGUAGCGUCCAAGAAGAAGAAGUAGGAGGAAACCGAGUUCGGACCGGAGGGAGCUCCAGUUGUUGGUGACCGCGGCGGGGGGACGGAGCAGUGUAAACACCGAGGAGCAAAGGUCACUGGUUGCUGUGUGAUCUUCUUUGGAGUGGAUCUGCCGAGCUGACAGCCCCUCUGAACGGCAGGCAGCCUCCUUCAUUGGCUUUGCGACGAUGACUGAGCUGGUUGCCAAGUGGGCCUGUGAAUACUGCACAUACGAGAACUGGCCGUCAGCCAUCAAGUGCACCAUGUGCCGCGCUCAGAGGCCCAGCGGGGGUGCCAUCAUUACUGAGGAACCCUUUAAGAGCAGCCCUGCCCUGGAUGCCAGUCUGCAUCAGUGGGACCCUGCAAGCCUCAGCAACAGUCCAUCUCAAGGGGGAUCCAGCUUACUCAUUUGUCCGGACUCCAGCGCCCGACCUCGUGUUCGGAUUGCACACGUGCCAGAGACGACCAGCAAGUGGUCGUGUCACAUGUGCACCUACUUGAACUGGCCUCGCGCCAUCCGCUGCACGCAGUGUUUGUGUCAGAGACAGCAUUCUCAACAACACAAGCAAGAACCCCAUCAAGGACAUCAAACCCAACAGCCACGCAGCCCAACGGAAUCGCCCCAGACCUCCGGCUCUGGAUGUCGCCCUUGUCCCCCUACCAACACUAUAGAUCCCUGUGAGGAGUAUAAUGACCGAAAUAGACUCAACACUCAUUCACAGCGUUGGACCUGCACCGCCUGCACUUAUGAGAACUGGGCCAAAGCGCUCAAAUGUGUUGUGUGCGAUCACCCCAGGCCAAAUAGUCUGCUAGCUGAACCCAUCGAACUGGCGUCGGAGCCGGAGAGCCAACAGCCAACCUCAAAACUUAAUGAGCAGGACGGCGACAACAGGAGGGGUGUUGUCGGCCAUAUAGUCGGACAGGGAGUGGGGGGUGUGGUGGGUGUCGGAGGAGGCUGCAGCAGCAGCCAGAGAAGGUCACCGCCAACAGCAAAACGGGAGUCGGAGGUGAAUAUGGACUUUCAGAGGAUUGAACUAGAAUCUGGUGCUGGGAUCGACAGCAAAGAGGAUCUUGAAGUGGAUUUCAAAAAACUGAAACAGAUUAAGAACCGAAUGAGAAGGACGGACUGGCUCUUCCUCAAUGCGUGUGUUGGUGUGGUAGAAGGAGACCUGGGAGCCGUCGAAGCUUACAAGUCAUCUGGAGGUGACAUAGCGAGGCAGCUGACGUCCGAUGAGGUGCGACUGUUAAAUCGUCCCUCAGCGUUUGAUGACGGCUUCACUUUGGUUCACUUAGCAAUCCGCUUCCAAAGACAGGACAUGCUGGCGGUGUUGCUCACAGAGGUGUCCCAGCAGGCGGCCAAAUGCAUCCCAGCCAUGGUGUGUCCCGAGCUGACCGAGCAAAUCCGCCGUGAGGUGGCGGCCUCUCUUCACCAGCGCAAAGGAGACUUCACUUGCUAUUUCCUCACGGACCUGGUCACCUUCACCCUGCCCGCCGAUAUUGAAGAUCUGCCUCCAGCAGUUCAGGAAAAGCUGUUUGAUGAGGUGCUGGACAGGGACGUCCAAAAAGAGCUUGAAGAAGAGUCUCCCAUCAUCAACUGGUCCCUGGAGCUCGGAACGAGGUUGGACAGUCGGCUGUACGCUCUCUGGAACCGCACAGCGGGGGACUGCCUCCUCGACUCGGUGCUGCAGGCGACGUGGGGCAUCUACGACAAGGACUCGGUGCUGCGAAAGACCCUCCAUGACAGUUUACACGACUGCUCCCACUGGUUCUACACUCGCUGGAAGGAGUGGGAGUCCUGGUACUCCCAGAGCUUCGGCUUGCACUUCUCCCUCCGAGAGGAGCAGUGGCAGAAAGACUGGGCGUUCAUCCUGUCCCUCGCCAGCCAGCCCGGGUCCAGCUUGGAGCAGACCCACAUUUUUGUCCUUGCACACAUACUUCGAAGGCCUAUAAUCGUCUACGGAGUGAAGUAUUAUAAAAGUUUCCGUGGAGAAACACUGGGGUACACUCGCUUUCAAGGCGUGUACCUUCCUCUUCUGUGGGAGCAGAGUUUCUGCUGGAAGAGCCCCAUCGCUCUGGGCUACACCCGGGGUCACUUUUCAGCGCUGGUUGCUAUGGAGAACGACGGCUUUGACAAUCGCGGCGCGGGCGCCAACCUCAACACGGACGAUGACAUCACCGUCACAUUCCUGCCGCUUGUCGACAGCGAGAGGAAGCUGCUUCACAUCCACUUCCUCACCGCGCAGGAAAUGGGUAACGAGGAGCAGCAGGAGAAGCUCCUGCGGGAGUGGCUGGACUGCUGCGUGACGGAGGGCGGAGUCCUAGUGGCCCUUCAGAAGAGCUCCCGCCGCCGCAACCACCCGCUGGUCACGCAGAUGGUGGAGAAGUGGCUGGACGGCUACCGGCAGAUCCGCCCCUGCGCCUCUCUGUCCGACGGCGAGGAGGAGGAAGACGACGACGACGAGUGAAGCAGCUUAAAGGAUGGAAGGAGGAACACGCCUCCAUCUCACUGAGAUUUUUCUUUUUCUGACACGGACAAACUGUGAACACCUCCAGCAGGGAACAGAACCACAAACUCCUUUCUCCUUUACAUCAGCACUACGUCAAACAUCCUGAAGAGAAAUACGGUUUACGAAUGCAAGCGAACCCGAUUCAUCCGGACGGGAAGAUCAUCACAAACGCAUGUGGUUCUGAAAGAGUUUAAGAAUAUACCAGCAUUGAUUCAAAUCAACACUUCUUUAUAUACCUGCUCAGUGGGACACUGACUAAAGCACACCUCCAAAUCAUCUCUUUGGAGGUUUUUUGUUGUUCUUUUUGUUUGAACAGGCAGGGACGAAGCCAAUAAACACCUUCGGAAAACCAGAUUGUGUAAUAAUAUACAACUGUAUUCCUAACUACCGAGCACUGCACAUUUAUUACAACAUUUCUAUAUAACUGCAUACAUUUAGAACGUAUAUUAAGCUCUAUAAAAGGGAGAUUUUUGCCCUUCACAAGUCAAAGCUACAUUCAUUAAUGUUUAUUUAGCACACUAACAUUCAUUUUUUUUUUUUUGUUUUGGUUACUUAUUGGGGUUGAUUGAGAAGUGUGUGUGUGUGAAUUUAUUCUAUAUAUUUAUUGUUUGGAAACCGAUUUGAGCUAAUUCUAGUGUUCUGUACAUUUUUCUUCUUUGUGGUUUUGUUAUUAAUUCUCUCAAAUCUGGACACAUUGCACAGAAGCGACUCAUGCUUUGAGGAUUGAACCAAUCAUGAUUAUCUUUGGGACGUUUGCCUAUAUUGUUGCAUGGGAUUUAGUACCUCAUCUGGAUGCCUAAAAUCUGGUGCUUUUAUUUUGGCGGGACGAGGACAAAAUGCAGUUUUUGACACAAUAAUCGUCGUCAGAGGUGAUUAUUUGGGAUCACCGUCUUGUUUUUGUCUUCAUUCUCCAUCACGCUGCAUGUUACUUCACAUCCUCUGUAAAGAUUUGUCGUCAACCAUGUUCUUGAAUGAGAGAUUUCAACAUAAAACCAAAGCUGACAAAAGAAAAAAAAGGUUGUUCACCUUUUAUUUAAUUUUUCCUUUUUUACUGUUUUGCUGUGAGCGUUUGCAUUUUUUCGUUUUCCUCGUCGUUGCAUCCUGUAAUGUAUUGUUUGGUGUUUCCUUCACGUUUGAGGCCUCACCUAUACGUCGCUUUGUAUUUAUGCAAUAGUUGAAGUUGUGACCAUGAAGGUUUGUGGAUUUAAUCCUGAGUUUGCGAAUCUUACUGUGAUGCAAAGAGCAGACAGAAAUAAAAAAAAUAUACGCUA